AUGUGGUCCAUCAUUCUUGUUUUAACCUUCUGUAUCUUACAAGCCAAUGCCGACUGUCCUGAUGGCUACAUGAAACAUCACGGAUCCUGCUACCGAUUUCACCAUACCGAGUUCACCUGGCCGGAGGCUGUGUCAUUCUGCCGUGCAUUCAAUUCCCAUCUACUGAAAUUGGAAACAGAAGCUGAAUUUACAUUUGUUCGAGGAAAGGCAAAGGAAUCGGGAGGUGAUGGCUAUUGGACAGGUGGGUCUGAUGCUGUGGAAGACCGUAACUGGAUAUGGGCGGAAACAGGAAGUGCACUGGCCUUGACGGGAGACUGGGGACCAAAUGAACCUGAUAACGCAGCUGGUAGAGAUUGUCUCGGACUUUGGGGGGCAGGAGAUUUCCAACUUGGUGCAUACGACUGCCGCCAUUUAUUAAGACCCAUAUGUGAAGUAGAUAUUGAGACACCUGCUCAAGGAAUUGUUGGUUAA